AUGGCAGGAGCCGCCGCCGUCCGGUCGUGCUUCUCCGCCGGCGUCACCCCCUGCAUCCAGCCGAGGCAUCCCCCCGCCGACGGCAUCGUCAGGCUCGGGGGGCUGCGGGCGCUGCGCCUGCCGAAUGUCGCCUGCACGCUGGACGGGCUGGGGAUCAGCUGCAGGGGGGCCUCCGGCCCGAGAUGGCGGCUGCCGAGGGUGUGCUCCACCGCUGUAGCCCAGGAGGAGGAGGCGGCGGCCGCGGCCGUGGACGGAGAGCCCGCCGGGGAGGACGGAGGGUCGGAGGCUGAAGUGGGCGAGGACACGGUGAACACCAAGCUCUACUUUGGCAAUCUGCCGUACAAUUGCGAUAGCGCCCAGCUGGCCGGGAUCAUCCAGGAGUAUGCGACCCCGGAGAUGGUCGAGGUAAGGGAGACCUGGAGCUCCUGCCGCCCGCGGAUAUGCUUGAAUUUCAGAUAUUCGCUCCGUUGCAGACGGAUUUCGAUUUCAAGCAUAUUGAAAAACCGGACGAGAUUAAUCCUCGCGACUUCAUCUCUCUAGAUUUUCUGUUCGGAGAAGAUCUCACACAGACGCGUCCGACAGACCUCCUAUUAGAGCUCCUCGGGAACACCUACACAAGCUUGUAGACGGCAAUUGAGGAGAAAUCUGGAACCCUUUCCCAGGAUUCGUCAUCUCCGUCGGAGAAUUAGAAUCGAUCAUCAGUUACUCGCCCAACUCUCGAAAGUACCUUUCGCCCAGUCUCCCGUGGCUCGUGAUCUCGAUAUCUUGCUUCUGCUCCUUCUACCAGAGCUUUGAUCCUGGGUCGGCAUCGAGAGACCCCAUAUUCAAUUCUCGUCAGGUUUCUGUCCAAAGAUCCAGAGGUUUGGACAAUGGGAGGAUCGGGCUCUUGCCUCUGAAUCGACUGGCUUUUUCUACUAGAUCACUAUUCUCAGCUCGUGCGACAUGUAGACUAAUUAAACCCUAGUAGCUGUCCUUUCUCCUUCCCGAGCUUUAAUCCUGUGGAGAUGACGACCGACGUUUUUCUUUUUUUGUUUCUUGUUUUUUGAUUUUGGUGACGGGGUCGCAGGUGCUCUACGACAAGGACACCGGCAGAAGCAGGGGGUUCGGUUUCGUCACCAUGAGCUCCGUGGAAGACUGCGAGGGCGUCAUCCAGAACCUCGACGGAAGCGUAAGCAUCCCUACAUGAAGAGACAAUCGAUAUCGAGGAAGACGAAGGCCUCUUCGCUUCUCCUCGGAUUCUUGGAAUUAAUAGCGGGAGGGAUGGGAUGCCCCUUUUCCUGGUGUUGCUGUUGAUGGUGUUGUUGUUGUGUGUGCUGUGUGUGUGUGUGAAUUGCAGCAAUACUCGGGGCGGGUGCUGAGGGUGAACUUCUCGGACAAGCCCAAGCCCAAGGAGCCCCUGUACCCGGAGAGCGAAUUCAAGCUCUUCGUGGGGAACCUUUCCUGGUCGGUGACGGCGGAGAGCCUGAUCCAGGCCUUCCAGGACUACGGCGAGGUGGUCGGCGCCCGGGUCAUCUUCGACGGCGACACCGGCCGCUCCCGCGGUUACGGCUUUAUCUGCUACUCUACCAAGUCCGAGAUGGACACCGCCCUCCAGUCACUCGACGGCAAGGUACGUCUACCCUUCUUCUCCCUUCCUUCUCCCCACACUCUUCUUCUUCUGCUUCCGCCACCACCGCCGCCGCCGCUGAUGGAUGUGGAUUUUGCAGGAGCUGGAAGGGCGGCCCAUGCGGAUCAGCCUGGCGCUAGGGAAGCGCUCCUGA